GUGGGCGGGGAGGACCGCUCGGUCGGCCGGCCGGGCUCUUCUCCUGCAGCGGAGCGGGAGGGACGUGCGAAACUUUGCGGCGGCGGCCGCGGAGGCGAGAGCCGGCGGCAUGGGCCCCGACACGCUGCAGCUCGGCACCUACGGCGGGGCGGCCGCUGCCGCCCUGCUCCUCUGGGCCGUCUGCCUGCUCUGCAGGAGGAAAAGGAAAACUGGAGAGCCCCCACUAAUAAAUGGCUGGAUUCCUUACCUUGGGAAGGCUUUGAUUUUUAGGAAGGAUGCUUUCAAAUUCUUACUGGAUCAGCAAAAGAAACUGGGAGAUAUUUUCACUGUACACAUUGCUGGUAGAUACAUCACCUUCAUCAUGGACCCAUUUCAGUAUGUCUAUGUCAUCCGAAACAGCAAGCAGCUGGAGUUCCAUGAGUUUGCAGAUAAAAUGGCUUCCAAAACGUUCGACUACCCAGCCUUGUCGAACGGAAACUUCCCAGAUCUGAAGGAAAACCUGCACAGAAUCUACCAGUAUCUACAAGGCAAGCCUUUGGAUAUCAUCUCUGACCACAUGAUGACAAAUCUCCAGGAUAUAUUUGAAUGGAAGUGCUCAAAAGCAACAGAUUGGGAAACAGAAAAAAUGUACAAAUUCUGCUGCUCUGUAAUGUUUGAAGCCAGUUUUGUAACACUGUAUGGAAGAGUUCCUGCUGCAGAUGGCCACAAAGUUAUUAGUGAAAUCAGAGACAAAUUUAUCAAGUUUGAUGCCAGCUUUCCCUAUUUAGCUGCAAACAUACCAAUCGAGUUGCUAGGAGCUACCAAGAAGGUUCGGAAGGAGCUUAUACAUCAUUUUUUCCUUCAGAACAUGACAAAAUGGCUGGGAGGGUCAAAAGUGGUCCAAGCCAGACAAGAUAUAUUUGAGAAAUACGAGCUGCUGGGAGAUUAUGACAAAGCAGCACAUCAUUUUGCCUUCCUGUGGGCCUCUGUGGGAAACACGAUUCCAGCUACAUUCUGGGCCAUGUAUUACCUUCUGAGGCACCCAGAAGCUCUGGCAGCGGUGCGUGACGAGAUUGACCAUUUGCUGCAGUCAACAGGUCAGAAGAGAGGCCCCACGGAUCACAUCCACCUCACCAGAGAGCAGUUGGACAACCUGGUCUACCUGGAGAGCGCCUUAAACGAGAGUUUACGGAUGUGCUCAUCCUCCAUGAACAUCCGCAUCAGCCAGGAGGAUUUUGUGCUCAAGCUGGAAGGGAAUCAAGGAGUUGGUUUGAGGAAAGGAGAUUGGAUAGCCCUUUACCCACAGAUUUUGCACAUGGACCCUGAGGUCUAUGAAGAUCCAAAGGAGUACAAGUUUGAUCGAUACAUUGAGAAUGGCAAGAAGAAAACCACCUUCUACAAGGCAGGAAGGAAACUGAAGUACUUCCUCAUGCCCUUUGGCUCUGGGAUCAGCAUGUGCCCAGGGAGGUUCCUGGCAAUGAACGAGAUGAAGAUGUUCCUUUUCUUGCUGUUGGCUCAUUUCGAUGUGGAACUAGCAGAGAACAAAGCUGUCAGACUUGAUAACAGUCGGAUGGGCCUUGGUAUCCUCCUGCCAGACGUUGAUAUUGCCUUUCGCUACAAGCUAAGGUCCUGAAGAAAGUGAGUGGCUGCCUCUAUGCCUUCUACUAAUCUCCACCUUCAUGUUUUGUCACUCAGCUUUGUGGUUUGGGACACAUUUCCUUCUCCCUCUCUGCUUUUACCUCCUUCUUUUUUUGUGUCUAAGGAGAGAAGCCCUCAGGCUGGAGGUAGACAUCAGAUGUUGGAGACGUGCAACUUCCGUUUGUCCUGCUUCAAGUUGUGAGUAGUGAGGUGUGAUGGGAAGAGUCUGACCAAUAACCCAACAUCCCUACAAGAUGGACCCUCAUGCUCUUGGCCAUGAGCUGAGCAGGAGUUGUUUUGGACUCCAGAAGAAAAUUCUUCCCCAUGAGCACAGUCAGAGAUUGGAAUCAUCUCCCAAGGGCAGCGGUGGAGUCCCCUCCACUGGACAGGUUUAAGGCUCAGUUUGCCAGAGUGCUGGGCCAGCUCAUUUCAACCACACCAUCACCUGCAAGGUUGGAGCAGAUGAUCCCUGGGGUCCCUUCCAACCUGGCAUUCUGGGAUUCUCUGCUGCCAUUCAGGCCAUUUAGGUGGUAAACAAGUUCCUCCUUGUUAGACUGGGAGGUCCCAGCCACCCACCAUCUGGAGACAUCUCAGCAUCUGCUCAUAGCUAUGCAGCAGCAAGCAAGGAGGAACUGAUUUCUUGGGGGG